CGGCUUGGUAACUUACCGUAACUAACCUCGGUCAAGGUUUUUCACGCAGCCCUAUUGUUCACCUCGACAACCGUGGCAACUGUUACGUCUGACGAAUAUUUACUCUCGACCACCGCGACAGUAUCUUCAAUACCGUUUACCACCAUGGCCCCAGUUUUACGAUCCACCAAAUCGCCUACUAAACCAGCAUCCUCUGGCGGCAAUACUCCUGCCACUACGCCGAACUCGACGCCGCGUAAAGCCCCGCAAUGCGCUCAAUGCGGGCGUCCCAGAGCAGGUCACCCUCGCCAAGGCUGUCCGUACGCGGCAGCGGCUACAAAGGACGAUGGCCCUACCGGCGAGGAGACCAAUAUCACUGAUGCACUAGGUUCCAUGAAAAUCGAGACGUCCCCCAUACGCCACGAUGAUCCAGACACCACGGAUACUUGGGAACUCGAAGACACCAAAUCUGCAGUUCGCCAGAGACGCCGGCGCGAAUCUGCUCAACGGGCGACCAUCGUUCCCUCCGAAAGCAUCGCCUCUAUAUCCACGUCUUCGAGCGAGAUUCUCAAUUUGCUGUUACAUGAUAUUGACGCCGAGGACGAAGAUGACGGGUUUGGGAAAACGGUUGUCAGAUGGCAGGACGCACUCAGUACGCCUAAAGCCAAACCACGGAAGAGUAGAACCAAAGACAAGACCAUGCCUUGCACUUUUCCGGGGACAGCUCCGUCUGUUGCAAGCGCCACUCCUCACUCAGCCGUUCCAGAGCCACAACCCACUUCAAAACCGGCGAAGGACGAAGAACCCAUAAUUGAUUUAUCGGCCACGGUCGACGUUCCACCUUCCUCCACUCCCUCCGCCAAACCUCUCACCCGUAGCAUGUCCUCUUUGCAACGCAGCUCUUUCAUCGAUAGUCUAAACAGUCGCUACAAACAGACCACUGCAUACCUCCUUCCAAAAUCUGACAUCACUGAAAUCGAAGCUGCCGCAUUGAAGCACGGGUUACACACACGGAGAGUCACUUCUGUGGAGUCAGAGAACGAAGAACAGGUCCUUGUUGUGGGUCAAGACCCAGCGGAUACGCAGAAGUUUUAUGCGACGAUUGAGGGGCAGGCUAAACUGCUGGUCAAUGACGCUGAGGCCAAGGCUGCUAACAGACGAAGUAGCGGUUUGAAAACCGUAGCAGGAGCGGCAGUUGUCGGUGCUGUUGCAACGUUUACUGGUUUGGCAUUUUCUUGAUUUUUGGACAUUUAAGUACGGAAAGAUAUAUCGAUGAUUAGUUGAACUGUAAUGGGGAUUACUAUAUCCAUAUUCCUGAUACCAUUCAUUCCGACUUGGUUGGCGUGAGGAGGAAUCAUUCUGAUUAAGCAAAGCAAGUCAAUGAUACAUACAAGGGUUGAAGUAAUGAAUAUUGGUUGUAAAAUACAGUAUGCUCUGUCUACUAUGGAUACAGUUUAUUAUCGUGCAGUAUAUCGUAGUACUUGAAUCUUCAUUGCCAUGAGCACCAACCUUGAUACAUUUUCGCCUAAGAAAGCUCAGAUGUCUAGCAUGAACCGACGGCUAAGCCACUCACUAAAUUCGCUUCAUCUGUAGCC